ACUCCAUGUAGGGCUUGCCAGGCGGCCGGGAGCGCGCGGGGUGGCCGUGGAUCCCGUGCUCGCGCCCGCGCCCGUGCUCGCGCCCGCGCCGGUGCGCAGCCGCUCGGGCCGCGCCCCUGCCCCGCCGCCUCAGCUCCCCGCCGGGCCGAUGCGGGACGCGGGGCUGAGGGGAGCGAGGUAGGCUUCGCCUGCGCCGCCACCACCCGGCCCUGGCCCGGCCGGGAACGCGGCCCCAGCCCCCCCCACCCCGGGCGCGAUCCGGCCUGGUCAUCCGCGGGGCGCGGCCAAGCGGGCCAUGGCUGACCGCGGGUGUGCGCUGGAGGCGGUGCCGCUGCCCGCCGAGGUGCGGGAGAGCCUGGCGGAGCUGGAGCUGGAGCUGUCGGAAGGUGACAUCACUCAAAAAGGGUAUGAAAAGAAACGGGCAAAACUGCUUGCACGCUAUAUCCCGCUUAUUCAAGGAGUAGAUCCAUCCCUACAAGCCGAGAAUAGGAUCCCAGGUCCCUCACAAACCACAGCUGCAGCGCCCAAACAGCAGAAGCCACGGCCUACCAACUCACGGGACGAGCGCUUCCGGUCAGAUGUUCACACUGAAGCGGUGCAAGCAGCUUUGGCCAAAUACAAGGAGAGGAAGAUGCCUAUGCCUUCAAAAAGACGUUCGGUUCUUGUCCACUCGUCGGUGGAGACGUACACACCUCCAGACACGUCGUCUGCCUCAGAAGAUGAGGGCUCUUUACGGCGACCCGGGCGACUUACCUCCACUCCGCUCCAGAGCCAUUCCAACGUCGAGCCCUGGCUCGACCGGGUCAUUCAGGGCUCGUCCACCUCAUCCUCUGCAUCCUCCACCUCAUCUCACCCGGGAGGGAGACCCGCCGCUGCUCCCGGUGCCUCCGCCGCCACGCUCACAGGCCCCGUGGCCCACGCCCACAUAGAUCUGCACUCUGCCCCUCCUGAUGUCACCACGGGUCUUGUGGAGCUUCCGCACUGUGAGCGUCCGCAGCUGGCUUCUGUGAGAGGCGUCCCUCGGGGCUACAGCGGCAGCGUCCUGGAAACUGCGGGUGGUGUCCCUGUGAACAGCAGAGUGUCCUCCAAAAUCCAGCAGCUUCUCAAUACCCUGAAGAGGCCAAAGCGCCCUCCGCUGAAGGAGUUCUUUGUGGAUGAUUUUGAGGAGCUGUUGGAAGUGCAGCAACCAGAUCCAAAUCAGCCAAAGCCUGAGGGAAGCCAGACGGCAGUGCUGAAAGGGGAGCCCCUGGCCGUGGGGACCGCCUGGCCACCGUCCCUGCUGGCUGCCUUGCAGCGCUGGGGCACGACACAGCCCAAAGCCCCCUGUCUGACUGCCUUGGACACAGCCGGGAAGGCCAUCUACACCCUUACCUAUGGCAAACUUUGGAGUCGGAGUUUAAAACUAGCUUAUACUCUACUUAAUAAACUGACUAGUAAGAAUGAACCACUACUUAAACCUGGAGACAGAGUGGCCCUGGUGUUUCCGAACAGUGACCCUGUGAUGUUCAUGGUGGGGUUUUAUGGCUGUCUCCUGGCAGAGCUGGUUCCCGUCCCCAUAGAAGUGCCGCUAACAAGAAAGGACGCCGGCAGCCAGCAGGUUGGGUUUCUGCUGGGAAGCUGUGGCGUUGCCCUGGCCCUGACCACGGAUGCUUGUCAGAAAGGCCUGCCCAAGGCACAGACCGGAGAGGUGGCAGCUUUCAAAGGUUGGCCCCCUCUCGCCUGGUUGGUGAUCGAUGGGAAGCAUCUGACCAAGCCCCCGAAAGACUGGCAUCCACCGGCCCGGGAUGCAGGGGCCGGGACUGCCUACAUCGAGUAUAAAACAAGCAAAGAAGGCAGCACAGUGGGGGUCACGGUGUCCCACGCAUCCCUGCUGGCACAAUGCCGGGCUCUGACCCAGGCUUGCGGCUACUCGGAAGCUGAAACAUUAACAAAUGUGCUGGAUUUCAAAAGGGAUGCUGGUCUGUGGCAUGGAGUGUUAACAAGUGUUAUGAAUAGGAUGCACGUGGUCAGCAUCCCGUACGCACUGAUGAAAGUGAACCCACUGUCCUGGAUUCAGAAAGUGUGUUCGUAUAAAGCCCGGGCCGCGCUGGUGAAAUCCCGAGACAUGCACUGGUCUCUCCUAGCUCAGCGAGGACAGAGGGACGUCAGCCUCAGCUCGCUGCGCAUGCUGAUCGUGGCCGAUGGCGCAAACCCCUGGUCCAUAUCCUCCUGUGAUGCGUUCCUCAAUGUCUUCCAGUCUAGAGGGCUGAGGCCAGAGGUCAUCUGUCCUUGCGCCAGUUCUCCUGAGGCGCUGACGGUCGCCAUCCGCAGGCCACCAGACCUGGGAGGACCUCCUCCACGAAAAGCUGUCCUGUCGAUGAGCGGUCUCAGUUUUGGCGUGAUCAGAGUUGAUACUGAAGAGAAGUUGUCAGUUCUUACUGUUCAGGACGUGGGUCAGGUGCUGCCUGGAGCUGAUGUGUGUGUUGUGAAGGUAGAAGGUACCCCUUAUCUCUGUAAAACUGAUGAGGUUGGAGAAAUAUGUGUCAAUUCCAGCGCAACUGGCACAGCGUACUAUGGACUACUUGGAAUCACAAAGAGCGUCUUUGAGACUGUCCCGGUCACAGCAGGAGGAGCCCCCGUGUCUGACAGGCCUUUCACCAGGACAGGGCUGCUGGGCUUCAUCGGGCCUGAUAACCUGGUUUUUGUCGUGGGCAAGCUGGAUGGGCUAAUGGUGGUUGGAGUUCGUAGACACAACGCGGAUGACAUCGUGGCCACUGCGCUGGCUGUGGAGCCCAUGAAGUUUGUCUACAGAGGCAGGAUUGCCGUGUUCUCCGUGACGGUGCUGCACGAUGACCGGAUCGUGCUUGUGGCUGAGCAGCGGCCUGAUGCCUCCGAGGAGGACAGCUUCCAGUGGAUGAGUCGCGUGCUGCAGGCCAUCGACAGCAUCCACCAGGUGGGCGUGUACUGUCUGGCCCUGGUUCCUGCCAACACCUUGCCCAAGGCUCCCCUUGGAGGGAUUCAUAUUUCUGAAACCAAGCAGCGGUUUCUGGAGGGGAUGCUGCACCCGUGUAAUGUACUAAUGUGCCCUCACACCUGUGUCACCAACCUCCCCAAACCUCGCCAGAAACAACCAGAGGUUGGACCAGCCUCCAUGAUCGUGGGGAACCUGGUUGCUGGGAAGAGAAUCGCCCAGGCCUCAGGGAGGGAGCUGGCUCACCUGGAGGACAGUGACCAGGCGAGAAAGUUCCUGUUCCUGCCGGAUGUGCUGCAGUGGCGGGCGCACACCACCCCCGACCACCCGCUGUUCCUGCUGCUCAAUGCCAAGGGCACCGUCACCAGCACUGCAACCUGUGUCCAGCUGCACAAAAGGGCUGAAAGGGUUGCCGCCGCCCUGAUGGAGAAGGCACGACUGAGCGUCGGGGACCAUGUGGCUUUAGUCUACCCCCCGGGCUCUCCAUUUCCCUCUCUUUACAAUUUAUCUACCGAAGACCUGGUCUGACCCUACCUACAGAGGCCCCACAGCCCAGAUGCUACAGAGCAGCGUGUUCUUGGCCCCGUGUUUCCUGCAGGCUGGCAGCUAGAUCCCAGCCCUGGGUCAGACUCUGGUCCAGUGUCUCUGCCAAGACCAAGUGCUCCUGCAUGAUCUCACCAGAAGCCCAUGCUGGCUUGUGUCUCUGCUGGUGGCAUUAGCAGCCACUGACUGAUGCUUCGGUGUUUAACAUUCAUUAAUCCUUUAGGGGUCACAAAACAGUGAUACUCUAAUUCUUUCAUUUCUUUUCCAUUUAUUGGCCAUAGAACUAAUACACAGAAACCUCCCCCUUCAUCUGGUAUUUGGCUACCCCGUGGUAGAAUUCAUAUGUGUUGGUUCUUUAUGAAAUGAAUUUUGUUUCCUGUCACACUCCAAAGGUGACCCAGCAAUGAAUUUAAAAAUAUAUACAUAUCAAUAUGAACGCACAGACUUAAACUUAUUUGUUGGGUUUUAUCCUUUGUAGUUACUUCCCUUAUCAAGUUCAGGUUCUGCCAUGUUUGGCCAAUAGGAGCCUGUUCUGGCUGGCUUAGCACUUGGCCACUAGUCCCUUACUGCUUCCUCAGCUUUAUUGUGACAAGGUGCUCCAAGUCCCCCUAGUGCCCAUCCUACCCCAGACCUAAGAUCAGCCAUUUCUCCACGGAGCCCCCCUGUCCCCCCCCCCCCUAGUUCCCAGAACAAAAUCUGGGCAUGAGGGACACUGGUUUCUCCUGGAUUGGCUGCUGUUUGUUGGCUCUUUCAGUGAGCAGAACUGGGAGUUAUAAAUAAAUGUAUCUUUUUUUAUUAAAAAAAAUUUUUUUUAUGUUUAUUAUUUUUGAGAGAGAGAGAGAGAGCAAGCAGGGAAGGGGCAGAGAGAGAGGGAGACACAGAAUCGGAAGCAGGCUCUGUUAUGCCCAGAAUUCGUGAUCCCCAAAGACCGCUAGGGAGCCGAGUCUGAUGUAAAAGCAAAAGAGCCUUUAUUCGAGCUAGCUCGAGCUCAAUCCCCUACCUGCACCGACGCAGCAGUGAGAUACCGGAGAGAGAGCGAGUUUCAAAAGGACAAAGGUUUUAUUGGGGCCUAGGGGCAGUUGGUGAGGUAAUGGCUGUGGCCUCAGCCGAUUGGCUGGGGAAGGGUCCGAGUCCUGUUAGGCAGGUGAGCGGGAGGUUACUCAAGGGGAGGAGGCGUGGUCAAGGUGAAGGACACAGAACUAGAUGGAGUUGGCCGGCGUAGGCCCGCCCUUUCAGCUCCAGGUUCUGAGCUGUCAGCACAGAGCACAGGGCUCGAACUCAACAGACCGCGAGAUCAUGACCUGAGCUGUAGUUUGCCACCCUACCGACUGAGCCACCCAGGCGCCCCUAAAUAAGUGUAUCUUUAGAGAGGCACUGCCUUCUGAGUUCAUAGUGUUACAUCCCAUUCAAAUCCAGGAUCAUAGGACUUUACCAAACCUCACCUGCCGUGUAUCUCCUUUUUUCCAUACCAAGACUCCUGCUUCUUCAGAACAGGGAGAUGAUAGAGUUCAGAUAUCCCAUAAUUACUAAGCUAUGUAGCCCUGCAUCACAUGCAGUGCUCCCAGAAUAACUGUACAAAUACUGUAACCAUCAAAAUGAAUUCUGAAAACAGUUGACAAGGUUUGCACCUGCUUUUCUGCCUUCCCCUGCCCCUUGUUGCUGCUUUGUGUCCGUGCUGUCAGGAGUGGCCGUUACAAAUGCAGCCUCUCUUUUCUUACCCUCAUUUUGAUGAGGUUUUGGAGUGAUGGUGAGGGGUGGGAUCUGGAGCCAAAGGCCAAGAAAAAAUUCUUGAGAAGUCUUUGGUGCAAAAAGGUGAUUUUAUUAAAGCACGUGGACAGGACCCGGGGGCAGGAAGAGCGCACCGGGCUUGUGAGGAGUGACUGAUUACAUACUGUGGAGUUGGUCAAGUCGAAAGGGAGCCCUCCAGAGGGACUUUGAUGUGCUAAUGAGGACUCCUAAGAUACCUGAGGCCUCCCUGUUGUCAAGCUAAGGAGGUUUUCCUCUAGUAAGACAUUAACAUUAGGACAGCAAGGGGUUCCUGGAGAAACUAUACUCUGUAUUUGCCACAAGUGUUUGUCAAUGGGCUGCAGGUUAUGUGGAAAUUUAAUGUUACCUGCCAUUUCCUUCUUGCCUUUGUUCCCCACAUCACUGUGGAGGGGUGAUGCUGGGGCUCCAGGAAACUGAGUCUACAGGUUUCUGGAGAUUAGGCUGUUGAUAAGAUUGCCUUUUUCUUGUAAUUUACAAAGAUAUUUGUAAACUGUUGGAGACUCCUGUCCUGCAUGACUGUGAUCUCUAUCAGCUAACCAUUGUUUUUCCCCUUUCCUUUGCCCUUGGGCAGCCAGGAGAGCUGAGGAAUGUCAUACCUAUCUUAGCUGGGGGUGGUCUGGGGGGUCCGCCUGCCUUAUGCUCCCUCAUCCCUGGAAUGGGGUUGGGUGGCAGCCUGGUCUCUCCUGGCACAGGGAUGUGCUAACUUGAAUGCUUCUAAACCCACGGGCCUCAAAGUCUGUCUCUGCUUUUCAUUCUCUGGAGUGUAGGGUGCUUUUCCCCAGGGCGACUGCAGUCCCCACUCUUGAACUACCCCGGCUUCCAGGUCUAUGCCAGACAUCGUACAGCAUGUCAGUGUAAGGCAAGCUGGUGCUCUCCCCUGCCCGAGCUGUCUACACCACACCCUCUACUGUGGUACGGCCACGCCCCCGGGGUCAGGUGGGAGCUGCAAAGCUUGAGGAGUGCUCACACAGGAAAGUCUGGGGCUAAAGUAACUGCAGAACACCUUAAAACUUUCUUUUUUUUUUUUUUUUUCUUUAGUUUAUUUAUUUUACAGAGGGAGAGAGAAUCCCAAGCAGGCUCUGCUGUAUCAGCACAGCUUGAACUCACAAACUGUGAGAUCAUGACCUGAGCCUAAAUCAAGAGUCAGUCAUUUAACCAACCGAGCCACCCAGGCUUCCCCAUAAGCUGUUUUUAACAACAAAAAAGAAAAUGCAUGCUGAAGGUCUAAAUUUACAUUUUAUUUUUUUGAUUAAAAAAAAUUUUUUUAAUGUUUAUUUAUCUUUGAGAGACAGAGCGAGAGAGACAGAUCACAAGUGGGGGAGCAGGGGCAGGGGUGGAGGCAGAGAGAGGGAGACACAGAAUCCAAAGCAGGCUCCCCAGCUCUGAGCUGUCAACACAGAGCCCUAUGCAGGGCUCGAACCCAUGAGCUGUGAGAUCCAUGACCUGAGCUGAUGGUUAAGACUGAGGCACCCAGGCACCCCUAAAUUUACAUUUUAUGAAUUUAACCGGGCAGGUGGAGAGUUUAAUAGCUGGAGGGCUAAGCUGUGGUCCCUGCUGGAAGGCCCAGAACCUCCCUUGGGCACAGAUAUCUUGCAAAUGCCACAAGCGCGUGUGUUGCGUAUUUCUUGGGAAUGAAGGGGGAGUCCAAGACUUUCUUCGAAUUUUCAAAAGGAUGUGAGAGCCAAGGGAUUAAGAACCCAUGCUCUCUGGACACUGCAGAAGAGUGGGGUGCUGCUGGGACUGGAUUCUCCCCACCCUGUUCACCUGGUGAUUCCAGGGAUGGGAAUAUGAGCAUAAUGGGAACAGCAUGAAUUUUGUGAGCUCAAGGAAAUGAGCUCCUGGUGAUGUCUCUCUUGCGUGCUGGGUUUGAGGCUAUGCUUGUUCCGUGUGGGGCAGGGACCGUGCAUGCAGGUGCCCUGGCCUGCUGUGUGCCAGCACCUGCUCUCCCUUCACUCAGUCCUCCUGGCUGCCCCACAGGCACAGAGCAGAUGCAUGGUCCUGUGGCAGCGGUACUGGGGGGCCAGCUGGACCUGGCUGGUGUGCUGAGCUGCCCUGGCCGCAGUGUCACGUUAUUGGUACUGACGGAGCACUGGGGACUUGUAAUCCAGUGAAACCCACCAGCUGGGUGAAAGGUGGCAUAUUUAUUUUGACUCUGGAAUUGAAAUAGCCUGAGGCUGACCAGUGGGGUCUGGUGUGCUCUGAGGGGUAGCAUCUAGAGGGGCCUCCACGGUGGGGGGCGCAGGAAACGCAUCUCAAGUUGGGCUGAGUUCAGGACGGAAAUACAGGUUUUAAGCAUGGUAUAAUUCCCCCUAAAUUUUAAAUAUGAGGAAUUUUAAACAUUUAGAAAUUUGAAGGAACAUUUUGGUGGUCGCAUGUUGUGAUGUACAGUUGAGAGCAGGAUGGGGUGCCCUGGCCCGGGACACAUGUACAGUGAGGAGGUGCAGCGUUGGUGUCCCCAGUUCUCCAGAGACCCCUGCCUGCAUUCCCCACCUUCUCCUCCUGGAGGGGGUGGACCCCCUGCCUCAUCCUCCUCAUCACCUUCUGCUGGCAGAGGUGGACCCCUCCCCCUCCCAUGCCCCCUCCUUUUCCAAGCUAGGCAGCCCCUCAGAAAGGUUCCUUACUGCUCUUGCACACCUCCCUUGUGCUUGGCCCCUGCACACAGGAAUGGCAGGCAUGGUGCUGCUCUCCGGGCCUAGGCCUCCUGCCCUCAGUGACCUUCUCUGUGCCAUGCACACCCCCAUCCGCUCCCCAGCCUUUCAGGAUAGUUCUCUGUACAUCCCUAACAGCACUGAGUUCAAGAAAUACUGAUAGCUGGCAGGCUGGGUCUGGGGACCCCAGGGGGUCAUGCAGGACCAGCCAAGAGGUUCCCUGGCUGUGCACAGGAUAGAAAUCAAAUGCAGAAAGGCAGGAGGUGAAAGGAGAAUUUAUUGAGGAUGUAGAGAGAAUGCAGGUACAUACAGUGUCUGGGAAACUCAGAAAGGAAAGGAGAGUCCCAUCUUUUUCGAGAUCUGGGGAUCUUACUGAGGAUGGUGGUCCAGUGCAUGAGUCCUCUCAGGCACCCAGGAGCUGAUUAGAACAAAGACGAGAGCCCGGGUGUUACCCCUUGGAGCCAGGGGGCCUAGGUGUCCACUUGUCUUGUGCCCUGGUCUGGAAUAUGCAUAUGAUGGCUUCCUCUGGGCAUCCUCACCUGGUCCUUCCUUGGGUGUGAUCUGUUCUGGAGAAAUACGCCAACUCCUUGUCCGCACAAGGAAGACACACACUGUUUGCAUUCUGAGGCAUGUGUAAAGGGAUGCAGAUCCUACCAAGAAUAGAAUCAGGAAAAGGAGCAAAAAGAUUUUUAUGGAGUCCUUUAUUGAGACAGUUUCCCUGUCUCAAUAUCGUGUUAGUUUGGAGAAGUUGUGUUUGAUCCACGUAGCACGUGACAGGAACCCUGCUUUAUCAUUCCGUGGUACUAGGCGCUGUGAGCCACACUCCACCCUGCACUGACCCCCUCUCACCAUGUGUCU